CCUCCAAUCGCAGCACCCCUCGAGGAUCGCGCGGCUUAUCCCCUAGCCCACCCAUCUCCUCCUAUCCCCUUUCCUCCUCCUCGCCUUCCACGCAGCCUUCCCAUCCAUGCCCCUCCUCCCCACCACCAUGGCCUCCCCAUUCUCCACCUUCUCCCCCACCUCCGCCGCGAGGGCCCUCCUCCCGGCCUCGACCUCCCGCCCUCUCGCCCUCACCGCCGCAGCCUCCUCAGGGCGCAUUCCGCCGUCCAGGAAGGGGCUCGGGUUCCGCCGCGGCCGGUUCACCAUCUGCAAUGUCGCCGCCCCCACCGCCGCCGAGCAGGAGGCGAAGGCGUCGAGCGGCAAGGAGAGCCAGCGCCCCGUGUACCCGUUCGCGGCGAUCGUGGGGCAGGACGAGAUGAAGCUCUGCCUGCUGCUCAACGUCAUCGACCCCAAGAUCGGCGGCGUCAUGAUCAUGGGCGACAGGGGCACCGGCAAGUCCACCACCGUGCGCUCCCUCGUCGACCUGCUCCCGGACAUCCGCGUCGUCAUCGGCGAUCCCUUCAACUCCGACCCGGACGACCCGGAGGUCAUGGGCCCCGAGGUCCGCGAGCGGGUCCUCCAGGGGGACACCAGCCUCCCCGUCACCACCGCCAAGAUCACCAUGGUCGACCUGCCCCUCGGCGCCACCGAGGACAGGGUCUGCGGCACCAUCGACAUCGAGAAGGCGCUCACAGAGGGCGUCAAGGCCUUCGAGCCGGGCCUGCUCGCCAAGGCCAACAGGGGGAUACUCUACGUCGACGAGGUCAAUCUGCUGGACGACCACCUCGUCGACGUGCUGCUGGAUUCUGCCGCGUCGGGGUGGAACACGGUGGAGAGGGAGGGUAUCUCCAUAUCCCACCCCGCCCGGUUCAUCCUCAUCGGCUCUGGUAACCCGGAGGAAGGGGAGCUCCGGCCGCAGCUGCUGGACAGGUUCGGGAUGCACGCGCAGGUCGGUACGGUCAGGGACGCCGAGCUCAGGGUGAAAAUCGUGGAAGAGAGGGCUCGGUUCGACAGAGACCCAAAGGCCUUCCGUGACUCCUACAAAGAGGAGCAGGAGAAGCUCCAGGACCAGAUCUCAUCCGCACGGAGUAACCUUGGUGCCGUGCAGAUCGACCAUGACCUCCGUGUCAAGAUAUCCAAGGUGUGCUCUGAGUUGAAUGUUGAUGGGCUUAGAGGUGAUAUUGUCACAAACAGGGCUGCCAAGGCGUUGGCCUCAUUGAAAGGAAGGGACAAGGUCACAGUGGAGGACAUUGCUACUGUCAUUCCAAACUGCUUGAGGCAUCGGCUCCGGAAGGAUCCGCUCGAAUCCAUUGACUCGGGUUUGCUCGUCAUUGAGAAGUUUUACGAAGUCUUUAGCUAGAAUGUUCUUGAGGUAAAUGUCCUCAGUCGCAAAUUUUGGCCGGAGGCCUCCUGUUCUGCUGUUAUAAUGUUAUCUGGAUAUCAAUUUUGUGCGGCUAACAUCAUAAUGUAGAAUCCAUUGGAACGCAUGUUAUGAACUGAGGAUGCUUUAUGCAUUUUGGUCUUCCUUGUAACUCAAAUCUUGUAGUGAUUGAACUGAAGUAGAGCAUAAUUUCCGCUA